UUUGCGUCUAAAUAGAGGCCAACGCCGACCCUUUCACGUGGCCCCAAUUAAACCCUAGUCUUCCCUCCUUUCUCCAUUCUCCCUCUAUAUAUACCUUCCCUCAUUCUCUCCUCCAUUCCUCCUCAGCUCGUCUUACCCUAAAUUUCUCCUUAAGACAGAAAGUCGAAAGCUAGAGAAUUUCUGUUCGCUGCUGUGGAAGCUAAAUAAAUAAAAUUCCCUUCCGCCGCAGCGUUCUUUCUUAUUUAGAGAUUCUUUCGCUUUCGUCUCCCAUUUGAAAAAAAAUGGCUCGUUCUUUCUCUAACUCUAAGGUUGUUUCUGCUGUCGUCUCCGAUUCCGUUUGUGCUUUUCUUAGCAGGCGUGGAUAUGCGGCUGCAUCACAAGGUGCAGUAUCCAGUGUAGCUAAAGGAGGAAUGCCAAGGAGCAAUGUGAUGAUGCAAAAAGGCGGAGAGGAAACGUUGAAGACUUCAUGGGUGCCAGAUCCAGUUACCGGUUACUACAGGCCGGAGGGAAAAGCGAAUGAGAUUGACGCUGCUGAGCUUCGGAAGAUGCUGCUGAAGCACAAACCCACAAACAACUAAAAAGAGCUAUUGAUUAAAAACAAACAUGUGUCUUUGAUCUCCGGUUAGUCAUUCGAGGUCUUUGAUUGACGAUGAAAUGAGUUGGAGAAUUUAGGGAGACUCUGUUAUGAGAAAAAAAAAAAAAUAGUGAAAUGUACUCCUUGCUUUUUAAUUUUAAGCUUGAUGUUUUUGUAAUUUAUCUACAUCUUUUUUUAUUAAUGCAAUAACAAUUGCAGUAUUAUUAUA